CUAGGUCUGAUCAACCGCAGUCUUCCGCUGGCCAUCGGGACGUUCAAAUAUAGUUUUCGCUAGUGCCCUGUUGUAACUUAGUCUAGCUGGUGCUGUUCCUCCACCCACCGACGCGCACACUCAUAUUAUAACGUGAGCGCCGCGACCAGCAGGCCUAAUUUGUUUCCUUUUGGUUUUUUGGUUUUGGGAGUCUUUGUUUCUAUACUUCUGUGACGCCAAUCGAUUGCCAAUCGAUUGCCAUCGGUAUAAUAUAGAACGACCCGAGUCGACGAGCACAUUUAUCCGCUUGCAUUGUGUCGCAGUCGAGUGUCAUCCGACCAUGAGGAUCGUUGUUCUAUAUCUUCUCUGCCUUUGGUCGAGUUUGGUCUGUCUUUCCUUGGAAAUGGAACAGCCUCAUCGCCAGAAACGCCAGCUGGACUGGAAUGGAGGCGGCAAGCUCUACAACUACGAUCACCUGGCAUUGAGCUCCAACAGUCGACCUGAGCACAGAUUAUUACCGGCAUUAGAAGAGGAUUAUUCGGCCGACGAGGAUCCCGUUUACGUGGCCGGUUUGUCAAAGUCCGGGUUACCGGGUGACCCGGGCAUCGACUAUCCCAUUCUACCCUCCAUUCCGCUGACGGAUUUCCAUUGCCGAGGACGCACUCCCGGCUUUUACGGCGACACCCAAACAGCCUGUCAAGUGUUUCACGUUUGCGAUAUCAGCGGUCGGCAGGAUUCGUUCCUGUGCCCCAACGGGACCAUCUUCAGCCAGAAGCUCUUCGCCUGCGAUUGGUGGUACAAUGUCCAGUGCGCUGCCACUCGCGAGCACUACCAACUCAACCGUAACCUCUUCAAGGGAGGUGAUGUCAACGUUUAUGGAACGCCAUCGUUCUGGAACUGGCUAAGCGAGUCGGAGGAAGAAGAAGUCAAUCCGACCGCUGCCCCACCUACUGUGGCUCCCAAAUUAAGGCACCACCAGACAGCGGGAGCUCGUAAAAAUAAAUACAUCGCCAGGCCGUCACCCAGUCCAGUUGGCCCACCUUUUCAGCUCGAGCAGCAGGUCACCGAACCAGCGGCGCCACAGCAAUGGGAAAUCGAGCAAUUACCAGAGCCCGCUCCAUUAGUCCAGUCGGGACCGACGCAACAGUUUGAAGAACCCGUAAUUGAUUCAGUAGAGGUCGGACCGAUCAGUCCUCCACAGCUGGAACCCCUCGGCCCGCCACAGUGGGAAUCAUUUGUUCCCGAAAUCCAACAAGCCCCAGUCGAACCCACCCAACCGCCCAUGCCGAUUACAGACGAUCCUGACGCAUCCAUGAUGUCCCAAGGAUUCGCAAGCGAAUACCGAAAUCAUUACUUCAGCUGGGUCAACGACGCUGUCCAUCCCGGUCCCCACAUGGCCCCGGAAUUGAGCUGGGCCGACUUGGGUCCAAACGGUCCACUCAUGACUAACCCUAGCAGUCAGCUGGCCGACGAGCAGCAGCCAACAUGGCAGCAACCCGCCGAGCCAGUUGAUCGUCGACGCAAAGCCAAACCAGCAGCUCAACACACGCAGAAUUCAAUUGCUAUCAAGAGACAGACGUCAUCAUCCAGGCCGGCUACCAUCCUAGUUCCAGCCCCUCAACCACCUGUUUUCCAUCCCAAACCCGCGCCGGUUAAAAAACAAAUUACGACCCCUCCUAAGCAUGUCACACAGCAGGCUCCACCCAAAUCGCCCAAAUCUCAAUCGGCAUCAUCACAUUCCAAGACUGUCCCACCUCCCAAAUUCGUCACAACUAUCGCCCCACUUCCCGUUUUGAAACCGAAAUCUAACAAAACUAAACCCAAACAGAGAUCCUCAACAGUGACGAUUAAGACGACGACUUACGCGCCACUGGCCGACCAAAGAUACUACUCAAUUGACGACAACGAUGACGUAACCAACUAUGACGACAACUCAGACAACAAACCCACUAGGAAUCAAAAGAUACGUGACGUCAUCGCCAGACAAACAAGUCGAUUCGGCAAUAGAAUCAAGAAGGCCAAAAAAGCGCUACAACCACUUCCGGCGAUCCAGCAUCCGGCAACAGCGCAGCACCGUCAGACGGAGGCGAGACAGACACAAUUCGUGCCCAGUCCCAAAGUGAUGCCCAUCGUUCCCAGUCCGCUAGUGUCAAUCAGCAGAGCUGAUUCAACGGCCGCCAAUUCUUUAAAUUGGAUCCCCAAACUGAACCAGCCGGCAACGCCUUACAGAACUGAGCCGUUUUGGAAUCAUCCAGUACCAGCCCAGAGUCGCGCAAUCACCCAAUCGCCAGUGCCGAAGCCCGUCACCUCCCGGCCAGUUGUUCCGUCCGUCCGAAAUGCUCAGAGAAGAUCUUCAACGUCUGAAACGAACCAUCCAGCGCAAGUGAGAACUUUCGAAGAAUUCGUCACAUCGUCUCCGACUACCAGCGCGCCUUCCUCUGCAGCAUUGCGCAAGACCCGCAUCUCGUCGUCCUUCCGUCCCAGCAUGCCCAUUCCGGCCGUCACGACCAACAGCCACCAGCCGAGAGUGAGGGCCCUACGAGCGCAUCCGCCAUCGACUCGUGCUCGGUCUGGAGGGAAGAGGAGACGCAAGUCGAACACCUUCGCCUACGAUCCCAGGCUGGACCGGCCCUACGAGCCGAGUCACCCCAUCUGGAAGCUGCAAAAUUGGGAAUCGACCAAAAUUUGAACAUUUUUGUUUUGUUGGCUUUACACUCGCUAGUAUUCUUUUUUGAUUCACCUCAGUUUGAUGUUUGAUUGGCUCCUUGUUGUUUCAUCUGUCACGGUUCGACAUGUUGGUUUCUAUACUUACCUUUUUUCCACGCGCUUGUUCAAAACUACCACCACAAACCACAAAGUUUUUAUAUCAUUACAAAGAUUUGUAUGUUUCCAAAAA